ACCAUUUUCCCUUUGCUGUAUUUUUUAUCAUGUAAAUAAAGAGAAGCACUGGCAAUACAAUAAAAAACUUUAAUUUUAGACACUUCAGAUGAAUGGCAUUAGUGGUCAAUUCUACAGUGUGUGUGUUCAUGAGAAACACACUGUAGCACACUGACGUCUUCUAAUAGUUUUUGAACAACAAUGAAGAUCUGUGGCUUGGAGGAAUAAAAUAAAUCAGGCUUUUGGAUUCACAUACAGCACUAACUUGCCAGUUACAUUAAUUAUUGGUGCUGAUAUUUUCAUGAGAUUGGUUGGCAAUAAGAAAAAUAGUGCCUUUUUUGAUUUUGAUAGGUCACAAAGUGAAAUGGAUCAGUACAAAAAACAAAAAUUGGGUGUUGUAUGGAUACUAGCAUUGAGGACACAAAGAGACAGACGACACACACACACACACACACACACACACACACACACACACACACACACACACACACACACACACACAAUAAAUGCACAAAACAGAAAGAACCAUCCGAGCUGUUACUCAGAUUUUCAGGCCCUUUCAGUAGCCUUCUUACUUCUAGCCUCUACGUCUACCUCUACGCAUGCCACCUCUUCUACGCAUGCCACCUCUGCUACGCAUGCCACCUCUCCAACGCAUGCCACCUCUGCUACGCAUGCCACCUCUGCUACGCAUGCCACCUCUUCUACGCAUGCCACCUCUGCUACGCAUGCCACCUCUUCUACGCAUGCCACCUCUGCUACGCAUGCCACCUCUCCAACGCAUGCCACCUCUUCUACGCAUGCCACCUCUGCUACGACGGCCGCCUCUUCUACGCAUGCCACCUCUUCUACGCAUUCCGCCUCUCCUACGAAGGCCACCUCUUCUACGUAUUCCAACUCUGCUACGACGGCCACCUCUCCUACGACGACCACCUCUCCUACGACGACCACCUCUUCUACGCAUUCCACCUCUCCUACGACGACCACCUCUUCUACGCAUUCCACCUCUCCUACGUCUUCCACCUUUUCUACGCAUCCCACCUCUUCUACGUCUGCCACCUUUUCUACGUCUUCCACCUUUUCUACGCAUGCCACCUCUUCUACAUCUACCACCUCUUCUACGUCUGCCACCUUUUCUACACAUGCCACCUCUCCUAUGACGGCCACCUCUUCUACGUCUUCCACCUUUUCUAUGCAUGCCACCUCUCCCACGACGGCCACCUCUUCUACAUCUGCCACCUUUUCUAUGCAUGCCACCUCUCCUGCGACAGCCACCUCUUCCACGUCUACCACCUCUUCUACAUUUGCCACCUCUCCUACGUGUGCAGCCUUUCCUACGUCUGCCACCUCUCCUACGCCUGCAGCCUCUUCUACGACGGCCGUUGCACAUGCGGCCAGUGGUUUUGCCAGUGCCAGUGCCAGUGCCUACAGCAGUGCCUUCACCUGGACCAGUGCCAGUACCAACAGCUGUGCUUUCACCGGUGCUGGUACCAGUGCCUUCACCUGGACCAGUGCCAGCACCAACAGCUGUGCUUUCACCGGUGCCGGUCCCAGUGCCUUCACCUGGACCAGUGCCAGUACCAGCACCAGCACCAGCAUCAGUGCCAGUGCCUUCACCAGUACCAGCACCAGCACUAGUGCCAGUGCCAGUACCUGUACCCAUACCAGUACCAGUACCAGUACCAGUGCCAGUACCAGUGCCAAUGCCUAUGCCAAUGCCUAUGCCUAUGUGAGUGCUUUGACCAUGGCCAGUGCCUGAUGCAGUGCUUUCACCAGUACCCGUGCCAGUACCCUCUCCUGUGCCUACACCGGCACCUGUGCCAGUGCCUUCAGUACCACCUU